AUGGAGGACUGCGACCUGAGCCAGUACCGCGACAUGAUCAUCGAGGGCGACCUACCGCUCGACCUACGUCCGCCGCCGCGUCUCUACCUGCCGCACUACCUGCGCGAUGACCGCGAGGACUACCCCGACGAGCCCUACGUAUCCGUCGAUGAGGACGCUCCUCCGCCGUCCAGCGACUCCGAGCGAUACGACGCGUCCAGCCCGAGCGAGUCAAAACCCAGCUCUCCGAAGAAACCGAAGCAGAAGUCCUCCUCUCAACUUAUCAAGCCGCCCUACUCUUAUAUCGCUCUAAUAACGAUGGCCAUCCUGCAAUCGCCGCACAAGAAAUUGACGCUGAGCGGGAUCUGUGAGUUUAUUAUGACGAGGUUUCCGUAUUACCGCGAAAAGUUUCCCGCUUGGCAGAAUUCGAUCCGUCACAAUUUAAGUCUGAACGACUGUUUUAUAAAGAUACCCCGUGAGCCCGGUAAUCCGGGAAAGGGAAAUUACUGGACACUCGACCCGCUGGCGGAGGAUAUGUUCGAUAACGGGAGCUUCUUGCGCCGUCGGAAGAGGUAUAAGCGGCCCGCGCCGUCGCUGCAACACGCCCACGCGGUGGUCGCGAUGCUCGCUAGGGAGGCCUAUGCCCCUCUUUUGCCUCUUCCAUGCUAUUUACCGCCGUCGCCUCUGUUAACCCUACCGCGUCCUCCGCCGGCGGCAUUGCGGCCGGUCGCUCUACCGCCGCGCGUCGCGGAAACAACCGACACUAGAGUCAAGAGAUCCAGGAACGGUUUCUCAAUCGAGUCCAUAAUCGGAUCGCAGGAGAGCCAAAUGUCGGAGCCGAGGCGAAGUGCCUUCUCACCACUGCACCAGGGCGCCGGCCCGCCGGAGGAUUGGGCGAGAUGA